UUCCCUGCUUGAAGCUGUUAGGUGGCAUUGGUUGAGCACUGUAAAACAGCUGCCUGGCUUUGCUGCAGAAGCAGCACAAGGAAGAGGGAGCCUUUUCAGCUGAGGGUUUUAACAGCUCCUAAGACUGGGGUCUGAAUACUUUUUAGCCUCUCUCUGGUUUUGUUUCUAAGUUAGAUGGUUACUGUCCUCUGUGAUGGGGCAGUGAGAGAUCAGCCGGCCGUGCUGAGCCGUGAAACUUCUGUGAAGUCUGCAGGAAAUGUAGAUGAUGUGAGAUUGUACCAAAUUACUUCUUUGACAGAGGAUGGUAAUGAGAGCUUUUGCCAUUGCCAGGUAAUACCAUUCACUGAACAGCACGUGUCCCUGUAAAACAGGAGGUGUAACUUCCUCCAGGACCAAGGCUUUGAGCCUCGCUCAGAGAGAGCACUGCUGAUGGAGGAGGACCGUGUCAGGCUCAAAGUCCCUUGUGACACAGAAGGGACUAUGCCUGUUCCUAAGCACAGUGCUGCUUCGUCUUGCACCCAGAAACAGAAGGGAAUGACUGGGUCCUCCAAGGAGAAAGCAGCAGCGUUUUGGUCACUUGUGGAUUCCUGUCACUUCAAAAAUAGCAGAAUUCCUAUCCGUCAUCUUUAAAUACUUUAUGACCAUCUUGAUGCUGCUGUACAGCCCAUGUGUAGGAGCCUGUGCCAAAGAUGGGACUGUCUCUGGUGUGGAACACGCCAACUGUUCUAAGUGAGCAGAAAACUGAGGAGAUUUUUCUUGAUUUUUCUAACAUCUGUUGCAUUUGGAAUAGGGAGUAGUUUUCUUUUUUCAAUUAAAAAAAAUUUUGCAUUUGCUAUUUAAAAAUGGUUAAUGAAGAAUUAUGUCUUUAUCUCUCUAUUAGGCUAAUUCAGCAGACAUUCAAAUUAUUUGUCUGUAGUAAUUUAUUUUAUUUACUGUUUGGAAGCGCAAACGUCCUUGGGUAUUUUUGUGAUUGUAACUACUUAGAGAAAGAAACCACAUGGUCAGCAGGUAUGGGUCCUGGAGGAUAUGAAGGAGAGUACGGUGGGGUUGGGUGUAUGUAUUUACCUCACUGCAGCUCUAAAUCUAAUUGAUGCAAAAUUCUGAUGUGGCCUCUACAGGUUCAAUGCUCCCCUCUUUCAGCAGUAUAUUUUCCUCCAAGACUGAUGAGAUUUUUAGCUUAAAAAAAAAAAAGUUUUUCUUCUUGCCUUCAAUUUCAACAGAUACCUGAUAGAAACUGCUGUUCCUUCCAGAUUUUGUCUCCAUGAAUGUUUUAGGUUUUACAAUAGUGCUCAUGUGCACCAGAAUUGCACGGACCUUGCUUAGCACACUUGGCUUAUCUCUCUGGCUCCUGUCCAAACUAAUUUAAAGCAAAGAGCAUCUGUUAGGGAAGACAGAAAAGCCACUUCUAAAUGUGAUUGGGUUGAAAAAUGUGACAUGUCAAUUGGGAUCAGUGAUGUGCCCAUGAUCCUGAAUUUUGUUUUAAGGCUUUCCCUGUUUGGACAGUUUCCCAUGUCAACUUCUCUUACUUGCCCUGUGGGUGUGCAACAGAAUCUAUCCCACCAUAUCACCCUAGCUAUCACCAGGUUCCUUCUAAACCACCUUUUCUCUGACAGCAUGCUGCUCUCUAAUGCCCUGGGCUUCUCUUCACCCUUAUUCAACACUUAAAGAUUGCUUGAAGCAUCUGCUGGAGGAAAAACUAGAAGCUACCUAAGCAGUGGGGCAGCAGAGCACUCUAGGUCAGCCUCUUCUCCAGCAGCAAGAAACAGAUCUGUGCAAUUCUGUGAGGUUCUUAUGAAUAGGCACAAUUUUUCUGUACCAGGAUAAUUCCCUCUGUCUUAGCAGCCUUCUGCAGCUGGCUGUUGACUGGCAGCGAGCAGCUAGUGGAUGACGGACGGGCUUCAGAAAUGCCGCUUUAGUUCUAGCGAUAGAAAGCUGUGGUGGAUUUGAUCUAAUUGUAUACAGGUCUUGCAAGUGCAUAGGGGUGGAUUGGUAGAGUUUUGUGCUGUUUCCCUAAACUUUUCAUAAAGUCGCUAAACUUCCAAAUAUUUGUAGAAACGAAGGGACUAAUACCAGAUGGGACAGAAAGGGUCAACACUUGAUUACCAAACUGAGAACAAGGACAACGGGUGACACUGGUUUCUUGUCAGUGUAAGAAGGCAACAAUUCAAAGGAAUCCACAGUUGUGUAUUCAUCUCAUGAUCGCAUCCAGUGGCUAUUUUAAGUACGGCGGGGAUGAAUGGCCCUUUAUAGACCCUGGUCAGGAAUGCCUUGUCUGUGGGGCUCAGUAAUGCUGGUCCCCUCUUUUUGAUGGCACAGAGCACUGUUGCGGGGGGAGGACGGGCAGAACCGACAUACGCGUGCCAGCGUGCUCGGGUGAAACAACGCCCGGAUGAAGGGAAACUGUGCUGAUGCUUCUCCGCUGCCAGUGCGUGCUGGUGUCAGAGCUGGCGUGGGGAGCUGGGAUGGCGGAAGCCAGGGGGUUUGUCAGCCCUCUGAAGUUGGUUGCCUGGCCUUUAAACUACACCAGGUACAAUUGCAACGAGCACACGAGCAACUUAUCCCGUGAUAGUGUUGCAGCUGGAAGAGGCCAUCUUGUUCUGGCACUGGAGGGGAUUUAAUUCUGUUCGCAGACCUGGACUCUGCCUAUAGGCUCUAUACGCUUUACUUUUUAAUGAUAAUGUUGUGACACAGAGGUUCUUAAACCUUUCAUAGCAUUAUAUUAAUGUUGGAAUUGAUGAGAAAUACCAUGUUUGUCUGGCUAGUGACUGUCGUGAAUCAAGAUAUGGCAAUUUUUGGUGAGGAUGCAGGUGUGAAACUGAAGGAGUGACUCAGAUGCGUACUGCUCUUAUUGCUUGUCUUAAUGUAGCGCCUCAGUCUGUGCUCUCGGUUGUACCAGGUGCCGUACGUUGCCGUGGUAAGGAGCGGUGCCACCCCCACAGAAGCUGUCUGCGCGGCUGGAACAGCCUGGAGGGGGAAGUUGGAAGUACUGUUAUCCUUCCAUUGCACAGAAGUGACUAAACUGAAGAACUUCAAUGAUUUGCCUUCCUGAACCACAGCCAGUGAGCACACCUCUGUAUUGGUGGUAUUUGAAACAAAGUUCACGAUGGGCUUUUAUGUCUGUGGGGCUGUGGACACCCCCCCCCCCCAGCUGGUUAUUCAGUCUGGAGCACGAGUUCUUGUGCAGCUCGCAGUACUGGCCCUUCCUGUGCUGCCCUCUGGAGAGGGGGUUCUUGUUGGACAUUGGCAAAUGUGAAGAGAAGGUAUCAGCCUGGAAAAGGAUGGAAACAAAAACCCAUAAAGUGGACAUGCUAUGCCUGAAUAUACUCCCCAAUAAAAAGCUGUCACCAAAAUCUUAUACUUUCAUGACUUGUAGUAUUCCCCUGUAUUUAAAUGUAUUUAGAACUUCUAACUUCAGAGGAUAGCAAAUGACUUCUGGUAGCUAAUUUUGCAUCACAAGUUCAGGUUACUUUAAAAUGUGGGAGAUAUGGUUGGAAACAUAACUUACCGACAUCAUGCAAGUUUGUGGAAGAAUCAGGUACAGGGUGCUUGGUGCAUUGCCCUUUCUACUCCAGGCUCGAGCUUCUGAGGGUGCUGGGUUUGGGCUCUCGAUUGCAUCAUGCAAGUCCUAAAGAAUGUGGUUUGUAGCUGUUUCCUCAGAAAGUGUUUAAAGGUUUGCCAUAAUGAUCCAGAAGUCUAGAUCUUAAUAAGGCUUUCAGAGCAAAGAUAUGUUUUAACUUAAACCUGUAAAUGAAGAGUUACCUGACGUUUAACUCAUCAUGCAAAAGAAACACAUUCUUAUGUGCACCACUUUGGAAAUCUCCUGUUCAGGAAUGAUUUCAUACUUCUUCAAAACACAGAAUCAUUUGGUCAAUAGUGUAUUCUUUUUAGUCUGGCUUAAGAGGAAUGUUUUGCCUGGUGGCAGUUAAACAAUAGUGAAGAAUGUUGCUUAGGUGCCUGUUGUUCAUAAAUAGCUUUUACAACUGUUAGCCUCUGAUGUAAUGGAAAAUAAGCGAUGUAGCGGAGAAUUUUCCUAAAAAUGCAUCAUUGUUAUCUGUGUACAAUACAGAAUGUGAGCAAUGUCCUCACUGAACAACGAUGAGAUUGUUUUGUUUCAUCACUGUCUUGCGUGGUAAAUAUUUACACUGUGCGAGAAACAGUGUCUUUCAUUGUCUUCAGUGUAAAUUUAUGCAUUUGUUUUUUAAUAGUCUUCAUUAAUUUUAAAGAUAAAAAUACAGAGCAAUUUUUGGCUGGAUUUCAGAACUGAUUUAGAGUUUCAUGAGCCCCGAAAGGAUUAUAGUAGAGAAUGGGAAGUGAUCAUAAAUUAUCCAUGGGUGUUACAUUAUAUCACGUGGACUUGUGUACUAGACUAGAAAUUUGCCCGCAAAUGUAUGUCGGUGCAGAUUUCUCUCACCGGUCUGCACGUGUAUUAGUAUGCCAGCUUUCCAUUUGAUUAGAACCUUCAUCAACAUUUCCUUUUAAAAACCACUGAUCAUCGUACGGAGUGCUUUGCCAAAACAUAGUGAUCAUGUGGGCGUUUUUCUCAAUAGAUUUGCUGUUGUUCUGCAGCUCUGGGGUAUGGCCUUGUCCUUGACAUCACUUGCUGUCUUUUCCUGGCGUGUCAUAGUUUUGUAGAUUUUGGCUUUUGCCCAUGAAUAGCAGGGAGGGGAGUGGUUUUUGUAUCCAGUGGAUGUACUGUGGACCCUUCUGCACUGAUCGCAGGGUGAUCUACAGUUGCAGGGGACUAAUUGCAGCAAUCUUAGUGGGCCAUUCCCAAAGCUGUGUUCAGAGUCACCUGACCUUUUUUAUAUUUUCUUUAAUUUAAGAAUUUCAAAUUGUAUGAAACCUCACCACUGCGCUCUCUAACCAUUUCUGUAGGUUAGUAAGGAGACGGUGCGUUGGCCACUGCAUCACCACCGUGCGCACUGUGAUGGAAUCCAUGGAGGCUAUUGCUGUGCAAUGCUUUUGGGCAUGUAACGAAGAAGGAAAAAUAGCUUUUCUCAAAAGCUGUAGCAAUAGGUGUGGUACUGUGGCAUGUUGUUAUCUGGCGGUGAAUAUUAUGAAGAAGCAAGUCAUCAUCUGUAUCUUUAAGAAAAAUUUCCUUUGAGGAAUAUGAUUAGAACAGCCUAAUUUUUGCUCUGCAGGGUGGUUUCAGUGCCAAAUCAGAGGGAAGAAUGCCUCUUCUGGAGCGGGGCAUUAGUUUCUCCAGAAGCCAGUCUCUACUCAUUGUGGGAGUGGAUGGGGUCGUGGCUAAGAGUGAUAACAAGUCCCAUACUCACUGCGAUAUUGCAUCGUGCUUGCAGCAAAGCGGUAAAGGCUCACAGCUUGCGGUGCGACUCGUGUGGGAGACCUGCUCUGUUCAGAGCAUCUCGGGGCAGGAAGGUGUGUUUAAUGUGAAGGGGUGAGGUGAAGGGAGAUUAUCUAGGCGAAAGAAUGGGUGGCACCCCCUUAUGCAAAUGGUUUGGAAAUUCAGUGGGGCAGGUAGAGCAACUUACUGGCUGGGAAAGCCGCAGCCCUGGCUGGUGGCCUCUCUCAGGCCGCCGCUGUUAGGGCUUCCCGGUGUAGAGAAUGAAACUUCUGCUUUACCUCAGGUUCUUUUCACUCGUUAUAGAUAGAGACUGCCCCAGGGAUUAUUGCUGAUGUUGUUGUGGGCUGUUUCAUCAACAAAUACACAAGGGGAAUACUUAAAAAUAUGUAUUACCUAACAGACCACUGAUGUAGUUAGAGAAGUUUUGCCUCUGUGGCAGGACCUCACUGCCUGUCCGCGUGUAUGGAGGGCGCCUGGCGCUUCGUUCUUUCCGCAGGACAUCAGGAAUGAUUGCUGGUGCUUCUGAUGCAGGUGCAAGGCCUGACAAUGGCACCGAAUGAGCACUGCCUUCAAGGCUCCUUCCUGUAAAUAAUAGGACCAAACAAGGCGGUGUGAUGAACAUGCCACUGCAUCAAAUCUCUGUCAUUCCAGCUCAGGAUGUUACCUCUUCCAGAGUCUCCAGGAGCAAGACCAAAGAAAAAGAGGAACAGGCAAAUGUAGGGCAGUCAGCAGCUCUGCUUACACAGCUCUGUCUCUUUAGCCUGGAUAACAGGAGUCAUGCAACCAGGGGAAGCCACACUGAGGACACACACAUGCAUUCGUGCUGGAAAAUGAAGCUUCAGAAUGAGAAGGCUUUGGGGCAUUCCGUGAGCCGCUCUAGUAACAUCUCAAAGGCUGGAAGUCCAACUUCUAUCUCUGCCCCUCAUAGCUUCUCUCGGACUUCUGUUACACCAUCCAACCAGGACAUCUGCAGUUCCAGUGCAGUGUUUUCUGAGUGUUGUCAUCACAGUCCAGUGCAGUCUGCUGUUGUCCUGAAAAAUCCUCACUGCCAGAGCCCUCUGACACAAGGGGUCACUGUGACAGUAAUCUGUCAGGACACGUUACACGCAGCAAAGAGAAACUCCCGUGGGCAGGAUCGGGGCCAGGCGCUCAGGUCUGCUAAGAAUGUAAAGCCCACCCGCACUCUGAAAUUCUCCAAGUCCCUCAAUGACGUGGACCAGAAGGCGCAGAGCACCAGCGAGUGCUUUGACUAUGUGGAGCGAACGCGCUCGGAAGGCAAAUUGACCCCGACUCAAGAGCAGUGUUUAAGGAUUAACAAAUUUCAUCUUAAAGAGAGGAAACCGCUGAAUCUCAGGCCUCUUUCUUUUAGCAAUUCUAAACACUCCUACAUCCCUUCCCUUUCCAACUACUCGAACGCGUCGGGAGGAGCAGAGAACCACAGUGCUGUACAUAUCCCCUUGCUGGAGGACAAAGUGGACCAUGACACCUCAAGGAGCAAAAAACUGUUGCGUUACCUUUUUUCCUUCUCCCACACCUCCAGCACCAGCAGCCUGCAUAAGUUCCAUGAACUGGAGAGCUAUUCCAGUCACUUCCAAGCUGAGAAAUCCUCCAGCGUGCUGGUGGAAAGCACAGACUUUUGCUCCGAUGAUAUGGGAGACGAUGACGUCUUUGAGGACAGCACCUCAGUGAAAUUGAAAACAAAAGAGCAGCGGGCACCGCUCUGUUCAGUUGAGAAGGACAGUGACCUUGACUGCCCUUCCCCCCUCUCAGAAAAAUUCCCCCCUCUCUCCCCCGUGUCCACAUCGGGGGACACCUGCAGGAUAUGUCACUGUGAAGGAGAUGAUGAGAGCCCUUUGAUCACCCCCUGUCACUGCACGGGAAGUCUUCAUUUUGUGCACCAAGCCUGCCUGCAGCAAUGGAUCAAGAGCUCAGAUACACGAUGCUGUGAACUGUGCAAGUACGAGUUCAUCAUGGAGACAAAACUGAAGCCUUUGCGAAAGUGGGAGAAGCUGCAGAUGACGGCCAGCGAGAGGAGGAAGAUCAUGUGCUCUGUAACAUUCCAUAUCAUCGCCAUCACCUGCGUCGUGUGGUCUCUCUAUGUCCUGAUAGACAGGACUGCUGAAGAGAUUAAACAGGGACAGACUACUGGGAUUCUAGAGUGGCCAUUUUGGACUAAGCUGGUGGUUGUGGCUAUUGGUUUCACUGGAGGACUUCUGUUCAUGUACGUACAAUGCAAAGUGUACGUACAGCUGUGGAAGAGACUUAAAGCUUAUAACCGAGUAAUAUAUGUACAAAACUGUCCGGAAACUAGCAAAAAGAAUAUUUUUGAAAAACCUGCACUAAUGGAGCCAAACUUCGAAAGUAAAGAAAUGCUUGGGGUUCACCAUUCAGACACAAACUCUUCACAUUACACAGAGCCAGAAGACUGUGCUGCAGAAAUCCUUCACGUCUGAUUGCUGGGGGAGGGCCGUUUCUGUACGUUCUUGAAGAUUUAAAAUACCGUUGUUUACUUCAAACUGCUCUACCUUUUUAAAAUCGACUAAGAGCUGAGGGCUGGCGGAUGAGUUUUUUUACAUUUGUUUUUUGUUGGAAUUUUUUUAAAUCCCUUUGGCAUAUCUCAAUGUUAUCAUGGUUGCAUACCUCUCAACGUUUUGUCUCUUGUGCUGGCCAUUCAAAGAGCCACAGGAUCCCAGGUAGAAUGAGCCUUGGGUUUGGUAUCAAGCAAGCCACUAGCGAACUGUCAUCAACUUCAUGGAGUCUGUUACUUUAGAAGAUGACUCUAAAUGAUCCUGCAAUAUGUGUAGAGUGGGGUUUGUUUGUUUGUUCUUUAAGCGUGUGAUGAAGGAGGUUGUCGCAGACAGUGAGGGAAACGAAAGAGCUAGAGUCUAAUCUACUGCUAACACUGCCACUAACAUUUUGUCUUAGGCAGCAGGUGUAAAGUUUUGCUUUACGUAUUGUGAUGAGACUUACGAAGCAUAUAGCACUUUUAAAAAUCUUUAUUUUGUAAUAUGUACAUCAAAUGAGAAUGAAACUUGAAAGAAUGUCA